GAGUGAGAGAGAGUCAGUCAGUCAACAAGCUAGUUAGCGGCGAGCGGGGUGAUCAACGCUACCGGCGGCGCUGCAGCACCACCACCACCACCACCAACAACAGAGCAUGGACUAGCUGACCGAGACUUGUCCCCGGUGUCCUCUUCGACAGUCACCCUCCAAACCGUGGAGCCUUCUCCGCCCCGGUGGUAAUUAGCGGCUCCAUCCAUGCGGCCGCUGGCGCACAGGGGACUUUGAGCUGCGAGCGCGGCCGUCGGCUCGCGGGGACGACACGGCUCACUCACCGAGCAGGAGCAUGGUGGUCCCGGACAGUGCCAGCCUGGUCCCCCUGCCCGACAAUGGCGCUCCCACUGGCCUCACGGAGAGCUCCAAGUCCGGGUGCGAGGAGGAGGAGGAGGAGGAGGAGGGGGGGCGAGACCCGGCAGGGGUGGAGCUGGAGGAGGUCCGCAAGCUGCAGGAGCUCGUUCGCAGGCUGGAGGUCCAGAACGAGACCCUGCGCAACAGGGGGAGCAAGACCAUCAUCCACAGAGGCGCCAGCGACCCCACAGCUGCUGCCAACAUCAACGAGAGGCUGACCAGCCCUCGCCUCAGGUUGGAGCACAGCUUCGAGCUGUCCCCCCCACAGGACAGCAGCAGCGCCAGCAGCAGCGAGGAGAUGUCCCCGCUGCCCGUGAACAACAGGCUGCAGGGGGACGAGGAGGAGGAGGACCGGGGUCCGCGCGGCGGCUUUCUCACCUUGACCUGCAGCAACGGAGCGGGGGAGAGCCCGGGCCAAAGCCAGACACCAGAGAGCCCCUCUCAGGAGAGUUAUGAGUCAGAGACGCUGGCAGGGAGCGACUCGGGGGUGGACCAAACUGCGCUGGAUGAAGUGGACGUCCUAGAUUUGGAGGAUGAGUGUGCAGAAGUGGAGGAUGAGGACAGCUGGUUAUACGUGUCGCCUAAAAAGCAAGUAGCAGAACCGGGCCCAGAGUCUCCUUUGAAAUGGUGUCGGCAGGUUCUUGACCACCGAAGCCCAGAGACAGAAAUGGCCUGUCGGACCCUGAUCAACCGUUUGGACCAGUCAGCGACUCGGUGGAGGAAUAUGUACAGCAGCCCAUCAGCGGAGGGAGGCUCGGCAGGCUCAGGCCUGAUCUCUCCUGGGUACCACAAAUCGACUAACAAAUCCCUACUAACCUGUGGCAGCUCAGGGGUCACAAACAUGCAAUCGGCCCUGAGCUCCCAGUCCUCUAUUGACAGUGAGCUCAGCACAUCGGAUGACUCCAUCUCUAUGGGCUACAAGCUGCAGGAUCUCACUGAUGUCCAGAUCAUGGCUCGCCUCCAGGAAGAGAGUCUCAGGCAGGAUUACGCUUCCAGCUCAGCGACUGCAUCGCGCCGCAGCUCCACAGCAUCACUGCAGUCCCUGCGCCGGGGUGGCACCUACAGCGAUCAAGAAUUUGACACUUACAGCCUGGAAGACGAGGAGGAUGAGUUCUGCUCCACGCCCCAGGGACGGAAUCGCUUCACCCCCUCGCCCUUAGGCUCACCCCGGUGCCUGUCUCCCUCCACCUCCAACCACGGUCAGGAAUACAGCAGCCGACUCGGGGCCCCACGCACAAGAACACCCAGACGAUCUCUCCAGGGACCCAGUGCAGAGCUGCUUAAAUUUGCAAAGAGUGAAGAGGAGUUGAGGCACAGCAUGCCUAAUCUGGCCCCCCGCACCAGCCUACGUUCCCUGGAGGCAGUCAGAAACAGUCGCAGCAUGGAGGCUAACCUCCAGAGCUCUGGCAACCGCAUGUCCCACCUGACUCACUCCCCCUCCACAGGUGUGGCUUGUAGUCGGCUGCGUAGCAAUGGCCUGUCUCCACUCUCCUUGCGGACACCAGUUAAAGCUGUCGCUCCAGUGGGCUCAUUGACACCGGGCCGUCAGCCUUCAAGAGGUCUGCCUGUCAUCCAAGGGCCGUCUGCAGGGGGGGGCCGCAGGGUCCAGUCCCCAGGGUCUGGCAAUGGUGGAGCCUACAUACCUGGGAGGGCCUCAGGCGGGGCAGGUAGACAUGCUGGGGCCCAAGGACAGGCUGGGCCAACAGCAUCCACCAGGAGUAAACUUUUACAGCCCCCCAGAAGGUCUUUGGGUGUGACUAGAAUCUCAGAUGAAUCCUGGAAAGAUGGCUGCUACUGAGUCAAACCGGUGAUGAAGGAUGUUCACUGCUGCAGCUCUCACCUGACCUCUUCCCCAAUUACCACUCAGAGUACAUAAAAAACACAGCCACUGUGUCCGCAAGUGUCGUACAACCUCCCCUCAUUUUGGACCGGAGUACUGGGCUGCACUGGAUUCAUAGUUGAAACUCAUCAAUUUCUCUCGCAUGAAAAUGGUCGACCCACACACAGAGAGGAUGUGUAGGCAGAAAAGGCAAUCGUGAAUACUCCACUUAUUUGGACCAACUCCGAGCUUCCAGAAGACUUGUUUGUGUCAAUUUUACAUAUUUUUCUAUGGUAACCGUGAAAAACUGCUGGAAUAAAAGGGUUGUAAUUAUUAUUCUUUAGAUGUUAUUGAUAUGAAGACCAAUUUAAAUGAAGAUAUUGCUGGUUUGUUAAUUUUUUUUGUGUGAAUUCCUACUAGAUGAAGGUGCUGAGUGUUGCAUGCUGGGUUUUGUUUUUCUUUCACAUUUUCAGCCUUUUCAUCACUAAGUAACUGCAAUUUGACAAAUCUCCCACGUGUCUCAUAACGAUGUGUGAAUUUUUUAAUAUUUCAGUAGUUCAUUGUGAAUUUAUCAUACAUUUGUGUUUUGCUCCUUGCUUACACAGCAACACGACUCCUGUAAACCACACUGUCCUUAUGAAUAAUAUUUUGAAAGACAUCAUGUGUGCCAAGGUACAUUUCAGCUCCAACACUUUCUAGAAGUAAUCAUAAGUAAUUGACGGUGCUGUUAACGAACUGUGUUUUCCAGGCAUUUUUACUGCAUAUCUAGAGGUGUGUUUGCUUUUGGAUACUACUGUAAUAAAGACGUUUAUGCACGAAGGCCGUGUGCCUUACACAGCUAUGCACCCUCAUGCAGAGUGCCUCUGAAAAUUAGGAUCUGUAAUGAAAAAUAAUAAUAAAAUCUACCCUGAACCUGUAA